UUUGUGAGAACGAAACGAACUGUGUAGUUGUUUUUGAUGAGAGUUUCAAGAAAACAAAAAUGGAAUCUUUGUUCUGGAUAUUUUUUGGACUUUUAUGUUUCUUUGUAUUUUCCUUAGCAUCUUUAAAGGGAAGGAAAAUAAGACAAGAAAACAGACGACUUGCUUCAACCUCUGCAGUUAUUAUUGCUUCAAGACACCCCAACCCCAGUCAUGGGCCUUAUUUUGUCCCCGUGCAAAUCUCAACAGUUUCAAAUCACAACUUUGCAACGUCGACAAUUCCCAUGAAUGGACCGAUAACUUAUUCUAAUUUUCCAACGAACGCAAGCAUGACGAAUCAUAAUAUUUAUAACCUUCCGCCAUCAUACAACCAAGCUGUAUCAAGUGCUGUAUCUCCUUCUGUUCAUCAAGCGGAAGGAAAGACUGUUAGUUCAACUUGACAAAAGCUAUUUUAAUGAUACAAUGAAUGGAAUUCGUGCUUCAAAUUUAAAUGUAAAACUCUAAUGAAAUUUGUUUUUAUUAUUCAACAUAUUUAUAACUUAAUCUUGUAAAUGAAUACACUUAGAAAGAACAGAAAGUUUAAAUAUAUUUUGAAAGAUAAAGAAAUGCAGUUGAAAAUAUGUUCUUAAGAAUAAUGGUUUAAC